AUGUCGACAACAAUUACGUUGCAUGCACAUACACUAUCUAUCUAUCUAUCUAUCUAUCUAUCUAUCUAUCUAUCUAUCUAUCUAUCUAUCUGCACAAUCAAGCGUGAGGACGAAACGAUAUCGUCGAGCCAAGACAUUCCUUCAAUGAAGACGAAAAAACCACGUAAAGCUCGAACAGCGUUUACGGACCACCAACUUCAUUGUUUGGAGAAGUCGUUCGAACGGCAAAAGUAUCUCAGCGUCCAAGACCGAAUGGAAUUGGCAGCAAAGCUCAAUCUCACAGACACACAAGUGAAAACCUGGUACCAAAAUAGGCGUACGAAAUGGAAGAGGCAGACGGCUGUGGGGCUUGAAUUGCUGGCCGAGGCUGGCAACUACGCAGCGGUGCAACGCAUGAUACAGACCAACCCUUACUGGUCAAUCCACUACCCACAAGCGGCCAGCAUCAUUUCCAAUCUAGACGCCCUCUAUCUGAGAUAUAGUGGCACCAGCGGCAUUCAAGGACAGAGGCCCAUGUUACCUCGUACACUUAUGACCACAGGCGGAAUUCAAAGUAGCUACGGACACUUCCCAUCUCCACAGGUCUUCUCAGACCAUCGCAGUUAA